AGUUUGGACAUGGCACUGUGACACCACCACCUCCAUCUUCUCCCAAAUCAAACCCUAGCUUUGCUUUUUUUCAUAUCAAGAUUGAGUUUUUCUAUUAAAAAAAUUGUGGGGUUUGUGAAUUAUCCAUUAAAGAUUAUGGAUCAUUUGAGUAGUGAUAAUCAAUGGGAUAUUCCUGAUACCCCUAAUAGAUUAGCUGCUAAGGAUAUGAAUGGGAGGAGGUAUGCCAAUGUAGAGAGUGAUUUGUCUGCAUCAGGGAAUUCAGUAAAUGGGAAUGGUGCUGCUGAGAAUGGGAAUCAACUUAUUGAUAAUGGUUUUGGAAGAAAAAGGUUGUUUAUGCGUCCUCCAAGAAGAAUUUCCAGGAAAUCUGAAUGCGAUGCGAAGUCAUCAGCUUUUGGUAUGGGAGAUUCUUUGCCUUCAAGAAAUGGUGUUCCAUUCAAGGUUUCCUCAAUUCCUAAUUCCAAGGAGAAACAUAACUUGCAUCUUGCUAAAAAUGGAAUCACAGAAUCAAAAAGUCAGCAAGACCGUCCUGUCAUAGACCUGACAAAGCAAAGUGGGUCGUCGACUCGUGUAUUUGUCAAGUCUCCUGCAGUUGGAGUACAGAAUAUUGGUCGAGAUGAAAAAUAUAGAUCGAUGAAUGAACACUCUAAUUUUCACAGGAUGACUUCCACACCAUCCAGCAGUACCAGCAAAGGAAAGGAAAUUGCUGAUCUAGUUAAACUUGGUUUAAAUAAAUCUCGUGGAGAAAAGGAUUCUGCCAUUGAUGCACAGCUUGGAGCUCGAAAGGAUGGUUCUACAUCUCUUGCUAACUCACCAAGAGUAACUGGGCAGAAAAGAUUGGUCCGAAAUGGAUGUAUAUCCCCUAUGAACAUAGCUAAGGCUAAAAAGCCAGCUGAGAUGGAGGAUAACAGUAUUUUAAUCCAUGGGCUAACUGAUACCAGUCUUACAGCAUCAUCCGCUGGUACAAGCUCAGAUAGUGCUAAAGAAAUAAUCUCUAAAGAUGGUAUUUCUACAGUAAAGGGUAACGGGGUGGUAAUCCAUUCUUCCCCUUCAAAAGAAGAUGACACAAUACAUACGUCUAGCAGUGAUUCCAGUAGAGAUGUGUUCAGAAGCUUUGACGAAUCAGGAGGAUGGAGAAGUACGCGUAACCGCAGUUCAAAUAUGAACUUGUCAUUGCCCAAUCUGCACAGGACUUCAGAAAGAGAUAGUGCACACUUUGUCUCUCAUCCCAGUGGGAGUAGGGUGAUGAGAAGAGAUGAUGCAACUAGUUGUCAAGAUUCAGCUUCUAUUAGACAUCUUUCUGGUGUAUCUGCAGGGCCGGAGGGACCCCCUUCUGGACCUCAAUGUCGCCAAAUUAAUGGACAUCAUACUGCACCAAGCACAGUUAAGAAAAGACUAAAGGAAGGACCUGCCUCAAGCAGCCAUGGUGAAUGUUCUACAUCAGUCUCUAAGGAUGUAGACAUCAUUUGCCUUACCUCACCUGAAAGUAGGGUUAAUACAAGGUCCACAAGAAACCCAAGUCAUGUAGGUACAGGCGUAGAACCAGUGAUUGUAGUGGACAGUCCUUCCUCUACCACAAGACAUGAAGGCUCUCGUGUUGCGUGUAGCAGUAGUAGGAAUGAAGAUGCUAGAGCCAGUCAAGUAGAUGCUGAUGAAAGGCUUGCACGGGAACUCCAGGAACAGUUGUACAAUGAGGUCCCUUCCUUUGGUGUUGGUGAGAUUGAUGAAGAUGUAGCCUUGGCUUUAGUGCAGGAGGAUUUCCGACGUGCUUCCUCUGGAUUAGAGAACCAAUUAUCUGGUCUUAAUGGAUCAUCGGUCACAAACUUACGCAGAAGGCAACCAAGAAAUGCAUCCAACAUAUCUCGUAGAGCUUCUCAAGCUCGGGCGUCUACCUCGAAUAGGAUGACAAGGUUGAGGAACAGUUUCCCUGGACAACCUCGUACUAUCUCAUCAUCUAGAGGAAGAAAUUCACUGUUUCCUCCUAACAUGGAUGUAGACAUGAGGAUGCAUAUAUUGGAAACCUUAGAGGCUUUCAGUAAUAUGGAUGUGGACAGGAACCUCCUUCAGACGCAGCGCGACUUCAAUGAGAAUGACUACGAAAUGUUAUUGUCCCUUGAUGAGAACAACCACCAACAUGGUGGUUCAUCUUCACGACAAAUCAACAACUUGCCACAGUCAACAGUUCAGAAUGAGACUCUUCAAGAACCGUGUGCUGUUUGUCUCGAAACUCCAACCAUAGGGGACGUUAUCCGCCAUCUCCCAUGCUUACACAAGUUUCACAAAGACUGCAUUGAUCCAUGGCUGAGUAGAAAAACAUCAUGCCCAGUUUGCAAGUGUUCGAUAUCUUAAUCUGCUGUAGAGAUGAUAUGUGGAAUACAUGCCUGAUUUUGAUACAAAUCUUGUACUUUAUGUUCAAGGUUGUUCAGAACAAAGUGCUUUCUUUUGCUAUAUGGUUUUCUUCAGUUACUUCUCUCUAUACUUGAUGUUAAGUGUUCCAAUAGUUG